GCAAGGAGAACGCGCGAUGCGCAGCCGAGCUAAACUCUCACCUACUUCACCAUCGAUUGGGAUGGUUCGAGUGCGAUUUUAACGCGUCUAUCAGCAUCAUACAACUGGUAAUACAUUUGUGCAGCUUCCUUUACGCCAUCUUCCGCCUCGACCUUGCGCGUCAGGGAUUCCUGUGCCCCAAGUCGCGACACCUCAUCUUCCUCAAUGCCUUGCGCAUCGCGCCCACGAGCUUCCCAUCCGCCCAGCUGUCUCUGCCCACCCCCCUCAAUCUAUACGCCCUGCGCGACCAUCAUGCGCCAGGCAUGAUACUUCCAGGACUCUCUGCCCACGUCUACUUGGUAUGCGCUGCUUCUGCGUUGGCGGCUCUUGACGAGACUCGCGAACGUCGCUCGGUUAGAGCUCACUGGGACCGACAAACAAUUCAACACAACACAGAAUGGCCGACGCGCAGCUUUUGGAAGAAAACAAGCAACAACGAGUCACAAUGUCUGUGCGGGAUGCCGAGCCCGGCGAGGACGGCGUCGAUGCCGACGUGAUUAUGGGCAACGGAGGCGCGUCCCUUUCCACCAGCCAGAUCGAUCUCGGAACCACAAUCUGCGAGGCCGACAAUGACCAGGACAUGGAUGACGACGAAGAUGCCGAGGACCAAAACGGAGAUGAUGAUGCUGAGGACGAGGAAGACCUUCCCACGGACGCCUCCGAGGGCGAAUCUGAGUCCGAAGACGAUGACGAUGCCUUCGAGGAGGAUGAUCCCGAAGGGGAGGAAGACGAAGAUAUCCAACCUCGGGGCUCCUCCGCCCAACGGCGGGUUUCAAAAGUCAAAGAUGAACAUGACGAAGAGGAGGAAGACGAGGAGGAAGACGAGGAGGAAGACGAGGAGGAAGACGAAGGAGAAGGCGUCGGUGCCGUCAAGAUAAAGCCAGGCGAAACAGAGGAAGAUGAUGACGACGAUAGCGUCGUUGGAAGCUCUGCCUCGGAGUCGGGCUCAGAAAGCAUCAGCGAUGUGGACUCUGAUGGCGCCCCGUGGGAAGAUGCCCACGAGCGAGACGAGAGGGACGGCGAAAACGAAUCAGAGAAUGCAAACCCUAACAAUUGCAUUUUUUGCAAGCAGGACGAGGAACACGACCCAGCCGAAGAAUUUGAGGUCUAUUUGGCUUGCUCUAGUUGUGGGGAUAACGCCCAUCAGCAGUGCGCCCGAGACGCGAAGGCAAUGUCUAGUGAAGACGGCCCAGAAACCUGGAAGUGUCCUGAGUGUGCGGGGGACGACUCGGAUGCUGCCGAAGAGCAGGACGAGAAGCAUGACGUGGAGUUGAAUGGGACAGUCGAAAUAGAUGACCCCCCUUCUAAUCGCCGCGCUGGUGCUCCCAAAGUUGCACGAGACCUCCUGCCCUCGCACAAAGGCGGCGUCAAGCCAGAUGCACAUUCUAUGUUUAACCACCUCGUCCUGGACGAGGACCCGAUGGACGGGUCCCGUGUGCUGAGAAAGCGGAAGACAUCUUCUGCCGAAGCAGACGAGAACAUUAUGGCUCUGCGCAAACGCCGUAGGAAUACUUCUGACGAGCAGAGCAAUGACGACACGAACGAACGUGACGAGUCAACACGACCGGUUUCAUCGAGAUCACUACGACAAAAGGUAUUGAGCCCCCCCGCGUCUAUUCUUAAGAAGAUUCGUGGCAGCGUCAUUAUCAAGAUGCGAGUCAACACCUUCGAGCUUCGCCAUAUUCUUUCACGAAAACCAAGAGGAAACAAAAAGCGUUCCCAUAAGGCCGGGGCGCGGCCCUCGAGAAGGGAUGCUUCCCGCGUCCCUGCAGCAACGGUAGCAUCGGCUAUGGCGCCAUUCACGCCUUCGAGCUACUCCCAACCAUUUUACUCGUUUUACGACAAGGAAACGGACGAGCUGAAAGGCAAGCCAUAUGGUGGAAUUCUUACCGAAGCUGAAGCCGAUACCUCCAAGACCCUGCCGAGUAACGACGACAGAAGACGGUUUGACGAGGCCAAGCAAAAAGCCGAGGAGGAAUGGAGACAACGCCUUCUCAAAAUGCAGGCUGAAGUCGAAGUCAUGACGAAGAAAUCCAAGAAGGCCACAGGACCAGCAAGCCAGAUCGAGUGCAUCGAGUUUGGCGGCUGGGAAAUCGACACUUGGUACGCGGCUCCUUAUCCCGAGGAGUACAGUAGGAACCGUGUCCUUUAUAUAUGCGAGUUCUGUCUCAAAUACAUGAACUCAGACUAUGUGGCCUGGCGGCACAAACUCAAAUGUCCGGCGAAACACCCACCAGGAGACGAGAUUUACCACCACGGCUCUGUGUCUGUUUUCGAAGUCGAUGGCCGCAAGAACCCGGUCUACUGCCAAAACUUGUGUCUUCUAGCGAAACUGUUCUUGGGAUCCAAGACACUCUACUACGACGUGGAGCCAUUUCUAUUCUACGUCCUCUGCGAGUACGACGAUCUCGGUUACCAUUUUGUUGGCUAUUUUUCAAAGGAGAAACGAGCCAGCAGCCAGAACAAUGUCUCUUGCAUUCUUACAUUACCUAUCCACCAACGCAAAGGAUAUGGUAACCUACUGAUCGACUUCUCCUACCUCCUCACCCGGGUGGAGCAAAAGACUGGAUCCCCAGAGAAGCCGCUCUCGGACAUGGGUCUGGUCUCCUACCGCAACUACUGGCGGCUGAUUAUGUGCCGGUACCUUCUGGACCAUAGCCCGGAGGAUGGGUCGCAGAAGAAAGGCUUGAGCAUUAAGAAAAUCUCCGACGACACCGGACUUACGCCAGACGAUGUAAUAUCGGCGCUUGAGGGCCUACGGUGUCUAGUCCGAGACCCCCAGACGCAACUCUACGCUUUCCGUGUUGACCAACAAUACUGCCGAGAUUACAUUGAGAAAUGGGAGAGCAAGAAAUAUGUGCAGCUUAACCCCAAGGCGUUGACAUGGACGCCUUAUGUCAUGGGGAGGAGCAACGCAACGAACUUUGAGCUCGGCCCGGCCCUUAACGCGAUCGCACCUCGUGAGGAUGAAGAGGAACACAAAGCAGUGGUUGCUCCUGCGAGAGAAGGCCUGGUAAACGGUACAGGCACUCUUACCCAGGCAGACACUCCCAUGCAGGAAGCAAAAAUCGAAGCCAAUUCGACGGUUCUCGAGUCCACCGAGCCAAACGAGACGGGUGCAGUACCCGGCGAUGACAUUCCGCAAGAAGCACUAGCCAAACCCAACGGCAUCCUUGUCAAUGGCGAGGCCAUUGAAGAGCAAACUCGGCGCCAAUCAGGAAACGGCGUCAAGGACACCUCCGAAGACUGGACAUGGCAGUACAGAGACAUCCCGCCUUCACGAUUUGAAGUGGUCCCUCCAAUUACGGGCUCCCGAAGAGUUGACCGGGUUCGGACUGCGCUCUCUCGGCCGCCUGCGGUGCGAACUAUCAGCAGCGCCCCUCGACCAAGACAGAAGCGACCAAGCGGUAGUUCCCGUCGUUCGUCUGCUGGCAAGCCCAAGAGCAGCAGUAAGCGAAAGUCUGGCGGGACGGGUCGCGGUCCAGGCCGUUGGCCAAAGGGCACAAAGAAGAGCGAUUACGGCAAUGCAGACAGCGGCCCGGGUCUGCCACCGGGCUGGGUUGCGGCGCGAAACAAGCAGCUCACUGCCAAUACCGACGUCAAGACCGACACCAAGGACACUGUGCAGGUCCAGACACCGACAGUCAAAGAGACAAAAAGUCAGCGAGGUGGCGACACGACCAGCAGCAGGAGGAAUGGUUCCGUUGGCGAGAGCAGCGUUGGCAAGAGCAGCGGUGGCAAGAGCAGCAUCAGCAAGGGGAGGUCCUCUCCCAAGUCUCACUCUGGUAAAGACAGCACAGAUCUCGCCAUGCGAGAUGAUGAUGCCGAGGAUGACAAUGGGAAAGGAGAGGACAAGGACGAAGAUGAUAGCAGCGACGAUAACGACGAGGAGUCGGGAGAGUCGGAGGACAAUGACGAGUAAUUGUGCGAAUACUCUAUGUAGAGCGCGUUUAAUCUGCUUUGCAGUUAUUGGGGAAGGAGUAUCGGUUCUUUUGAGUGACAUCUUGCAGGAUGCACUAGACUUGGUAUUUAAGGUAGGUAAAUAGGCAUUGGGCAAAUCUUGGGCGUCUCAGGGCGUGGUGCCCAGCAGCCAACCUGUGCGAGCAAACGAGGCAGAGACAUAACGGUUAUACCCUCAAAUGUUCUAGAUAUUUUGUACAAGUACGGGCAACUUGUUGGAGCGAAUGAAAAAAAAGUUAAUAGGCGGAGGUUUCCAUUUUUACUAACAAAUACUAGUACUAGGGGAAUGCGAACAUAUCAGCCAAUG